AUGUCAACUGUAAAUAAUAAUAAUAACUCAUCAUUAGAAGCAAUAGCUUUAACAGGUAUAUCAUGUGAAUUUGCAAGUGAUAUUCAUUCACCUAAUGAUUUAUGGGAUGCAUUAAAAGAAAGUCGUGAUGUUGGUAGUACAACACCAAUUGAUCGAUUUGAUCUUGAAUCAUUUACUGCUCAUAUGUUUAAUAUGGAUAAUAAUGAACAACUUCUUCAAAAACUUCUUCGUGCUGGUUAUUUUAUGUCAAAUCAACAAUGGGAUAUGUUUGAACCAAGUUUCUUUGAUUUAUCAGAUGCUGAAGCAGGCAGUGUUGAUCCAUGUCAUCGAUUACUUAGGUUAAAAUUUGUUCAUUUACUUGAUGAUGCUGGAUAUAGUAUUGACAAAAUCAAUGGUACAAAAACAUCAGUACAUAUUGGACAAUUUUCAACAGAUCAUGCAGUUGCAGCAGCUCGUAUGAGACCUGAACAUCGAUCAAGAUUUCAUGGACCAAACACGUUAUUAUAUAAUGCAUCAGCACGUUUAUCAUAUCAUUUUAAUUUACAUGGUCCAAAUGUAUCAUUAGAUGUUGCUUGUUCAUCAUCUUUAGAAGCUUUACAUAUGGGUGUACAAUGUCUUCGUACAAAUGAAGCUGAUAUGGCUGUAUGUGGUGGUGUUAAUGGAAUUUUUUCACCAGAUAGUUUUCUACAACAUUCACUUAUUGGUGCACAAUCACCUGAUGGGAGAAGUCGAUCAUUUAGUACUGAUGCUAAUGGUUAUGCUAGAGGCGACGGUCUUGGUCUUUUACUAUUAAAACGGUUAAGUGAUGCUGAACGUGAUGGAGAUCGUAUAUAUUGUGUUGUUCGUGAUGUACUUAGUGGUCAUGAUGGAAAUGAAGACAAAACAAAUUUUGUUGUACCAUCACCUGCAGGACAAGGACGUUUAUUAGCAAAUAUUUAUUCAAGAAAUAAUUUUGAUACUCAAAAAAUAUUAUUUGUUGAAGCGCAUGGUACAGGUACACUAGUUGGUGAUCCAAUUGAAGCAAAUGCUUUAGGUCGAUUUUUUAAUCGAUCAAAUCUUGAUCCACCAUUAUUAUUAGGUUCAAUUAAAAGUAAUUUAGGACAUACAGAAGGUGCAGCUGGUGUAGCAUCACUGAUUAAAGUUGCUAUGUGUAUGUAUCAUCGUGGUAUUACAGCAAAUAUGCAAUUUACUUCACUUAAUCCAAAAAUAGAUGCACAAAAUUAUAAUCUACAUAUUCUUCAAAAUUUUAUACCAUUUCCAACUCUUCCAAAUAAUGAAAAAAUAGCUAUAGGUGUUAAUUCAUUUGGAAUGGGUGGUACAACGACACAUGCUAUUAUUGAAGAAUAUCAACCAAUAAAUAAAACAUCAAUUCAAAAUGGUCAUAUCGAUGAUGGAAAUCAUAUUAAAAGCAAACAAUAUUUUAUUUUUAUUUUUUCAACAAAAAGUCGUCAAUCUCUUUUUUAA